AUGAUCACAAGCAUCGACCUCUGGAGUUUGCACAUUGUCUUUGUGAGGUUGUCACCUGUGAUAGGUGUGGGGCGUGCUCUUAGAGUAAGGAAGCUGAGUCUCAGGUUUAUCGGUCCCUAUCAGAUAAUAAAAAGGGUGGGACCGGUGGCUUAUCAGCUUGCAUUGCCUCCACAAUUAUCUAGUAUUCAUGAUGUAUUCCACGUGUCUCAACUUCAGAGAUAUAUUCGGGAUGAAUCCCAUGUUGUACAGCCUGACGAGGUUCAGAUAGGGGAGGAUCUUAAUUCUCCCGUGGGGCCGUGGAAAAUUCUUGGUAGAGAUGAAAGGAAAUUGAGAAAUAAGAUAAUCCCUACGAUAAAGAUUCAAUGGGAAGGCAAGACGCCUGAGGAGGCUGCUUGA